AUGAUAUCCGCCUUCUUCCUCUUCAACCAAAAGGGCGAGGUCCUCAUCUCUAGACUGUUUCGGCCAGACGUCAAACGGUCAAUAUCGGAUGUCUUUCGUAUUCAAGUUAUCUCCAAUCCCGAUGUUCGGUCGCCUAUUAUCACGCUAGGUUCGACUUCAUUCUUCCAUGUCCGCAUCAACAAUGUCUACAUCGUAGGAGUCACAAAGUGCAAUGCCUCUGCCGCUCUUGUUUUCGAGUUCCUCUACCGCUUCAUCACCGUCACCAGAAGCUACUUUGGCAAGCUCGACGAAGAGAGUGUCAAGAACAACUUUGUUCUCAUCUACGAGCUCCUCGAUGAAAUCAUAGACUUUGGCUUUCCUCAAAACUCCGAGAUCGACACCCUCAAAAUGUACAUCACGACUGAGAGUAUCAAGUCGGAGAUGGCUGUCCGAGAGGACUCUUCCAAAAUCACCAUCCAGGCGACGGGUGCGACAUCCUGGCGACGCUCAGAUGUCAAAUACAGAAAAAAUGAGGCGUUCGUGGAUGUUAUCGAGACGGUCAAUCUGCUCAUGAGCAAGGAGGGAACAGUGUUGAGGGCGGAUGUGGAUGGGCAGAUCCUGAUGAGAGCGUAUCUCAGCGGUACACCGGAGUGCAAGUUUGGUUUGAACGACAAGCUUGUACUUCAGAAGAGGGGCGGUGAACAAAUAGCAAAGUCAGCCGACGCUGCCGUGGAACUUGACGACUGCCAAUUCCACCAAUGUGUUCGUCUCGGCAAAUUCGACACCGACCGCUCCAUCUCCUUCAUUCCUCCCGAUGGUGAAUUUGAACUCAUGCGAUACCGCUCCACUUCCAAUAUCAACCUCCCCUUCCGUCUACAGACACACGUCGUGGAAGUCAGUAAAUCUAGAGUGGAAUAUACGAUUCACCUCAGAGCCGCCUUCGACAGCAAGCUGAAUGCCAACAACGUGGUGCUGAAGAUUCCAACGCCGCUGAACACUACCGGGGUCAGGAACAAGGUGAGCGUCGGAAAGGCCAAAUACGUCCCUGGAGAGAACUUUAUCGUAUGGAAGAUCCCGAGAUUGCAAGGAGCCCAGGAGUGUACCCUUACAGCAGAGGCCGACCUUGCUGCCACUACACAUCGUCAAGCCUGGUCCCGACCUCCCAUACAAUUAGAUUUCUCUGUCGUAAUGUUCACCUCCUCUGGCCUCCUCGUUCGAUUCUUGAAGGUGUUUGAAAAGAGCGGAUACCAGAGCGUUAAAUGGGUCAGGUACCUCACCAAAGCCAACGGAAGCUAUCAAAUCCGAUUCUAG